CCCCACUGUCACAACUCGCAAGUCGCAACGCGCGCCUCGUCACGCGAUAACCGCAGCGGCGGGUCGCGGUCGCCCCUCGGUCGUCUCCGCGGAGCGCGUCUACUACUCGUGCGCUUCUGCUUCCUGUUCAAACCCAACGCUCCACCACAUCGCCUGCGUUCCCCACCCCGACUGACCCAGCCUCCAGUAGCCAUGGGCAACCGCACGUCGCGCCACCACCGCGCCGCUCCCGAGCAGCCGCCGCCCCAGCCCAAGCCGAAGCCUCAGCCGCAGCAGCAGCAGCAGCAGUGGCCGAGGCCGCAGCAGCCGACCCCGCCGCCGGCGGCGGCGCCGGACGCGGCGAUGGGGAGGGUGCUGGGGCGGCCGAUGGAGGACGUCCGCGCGACCUACACCUUCGGGCGCGAGCUCGGGCGGGGCCAGUUCGGGGUCACCUACCUCGUCACCCACAAGGCCACGGGGAAGCGCUUCGCCUGCAAGUCCAUCGCCACGCGGAAGCUCGCCCACCGCGACGACAUCGAGGACGUGCGCCGGGAGGUGCAGAUCAUGCACCACCUCACGGGCCACCGCAACAUCGUCGAGCUCCGGGGCGCCUACGAGGACCGCCACUCGGUCAACCUCAUCAUGGAGCUCUGCGAGGGCGGGGAGCUCUUCGACCGCAUCAUCGCCAGGGGGCACUACUCCGAGCGCGCCGCCGCCGCGCUCUGCCGCGAGAUCGUCGCCGUCGUGCACAGCUGCCACUCCAUGGGGGUCUUCCACCGGGAUCUCAAGCCGGAGAACUUUUUGUUCCUCAGUAAAAGCGAGGACUCGCCGCUCAAGGCCACUGACUUCGGUCUUUCCGUUUUCUUCAAGCCUGGGGAGCAUUUUAAGGACCUUGUUGGAAGUGCGUAUUAUGUUGCACCUGAGGUGCUGAAACGAAACUAUGGAGCAGAGGCUGACAUAUGGAGUGCUGGCGUUAUUCUUUACAUCCUUCUUUCUGGUGUUCCACCUUUUUGGGCAGAGAGUGAAGAUGGUAUAUUUGAUGCCGUAUUACGUGGUCACAUUGAUUUCUCGUCUGAACCUUGGCCUUCGAUAUCCAAUGGUGCAAAAGAUUUGGUUAAGAAGAUGUUGCGGCAAGACCCAAAAGAGCGCCUUACUUCUGCUGAAAUUUUGAACCACCCAUGGAUUAGAGAGGAUGGAGAAGCCCCAGACAAGCCACUUGACAUUACAGUUAUCAGCAGGAUGAAGCAGUUCAGGGCAAUGAACAAGCUUAAGAAAGUUGCAUUGAAGGUUGUUGCAGAGAACUUGUCAGAUGAAGAGAUUACAGGCUUAAAAGAAAUGUUCAGAUCCUUGGAUACUGAUAACAGUGGGACAAUAACUCUUGAGGAGCUAAGAUCUGGUUUACCAAAACUUGGCACCAAAAUUUCUGAAUCAGAAAUUAGACAGCUGAUGGAGGCGGCUGAUGUUGAUGGAAAUGGAACCAUUGACUAUGCUGAGUUCAUAUCAGCGACAAUGCACAUGAACAGAUUGGAGAAGGAAGACCACAUACUUAAAGCAUUUGAGUAUUUUGAUAAGGACCACAGCGGAUACAUAACAGUAGAUGAGUUGGAAGAAGCUCUGAAGAAGUAUGAUAUGGGGGACGAUAAAACGAUUAAGGAAAUCAUCGCUGAAGUAGAUACUGAUCAUGAUGGAAGAAUUAACUACCAGGAGUUUGUCGCCAUGAUGAGGAACAACAACCCUGAGAUUGCUCCCAACCGGCGGCGCAUGUUCUAACUUCCUUUACAAUUGUUGAAAGAAUACUGUUUGGACAUCUUUCCUCAUUAUAUUCCAAGAACACCCCUUAAGAGGCUUGAUCAUCUGAGAUCCAUACACCUGUUGCCAGGGCUUGGACCCAUUUGUACUCAAAUGGAGUUGCGCGAUAUAUCAUUUGUAGAUGCCUGGACCAUCAUGGAUUUCUGAGUGCUGCUUUGUUAUUCGUUGCCUCAUCAUUCAAUUUGGAGUGUAACCUCAACGGGAUGAUCAGUUCAACUGCUCUUCCGAGCGUGUUGCGACUUGUGACUAUAUGCCACUUGAUCGUUUGUAUUAGAUCAGGUGUUGUAAAACAGAUUUUAGUGAUAAGAUCAGGCAAGGUUAUAUUAUUCUGGAGAAACAGUUUAAUCUU